GCGGCCUGGACGCUGUUUGGUCGCCUAGCAACGGCCUGGGCGCUGAGCUAUGGAGGCGGUGGAGAGCAGGGAGCUUCAAGCCAGGAAUUAUCUGGAAAAACAUCGGAUCAUGGAGCUGCUGAACCACCUCACCAGCGUCCUCCUCUUUAUUCGGCCCCCAAAACCAAGAGAAUAUUUAAUCUCUCUGUUGGAACGUCUGAGACUUGCUAAAGCCACCGGCAUCAGGUUUCCUUUCUUUAUGAAUAACUCCAACAUUGUUGCUAUGUUUGACAUGAUGGACCCCUCGGGCAAAGGCACCAUAUCAUUUGCACAAUAUAAAGAAGCCCUGAAGAACCUGGAUCUGUGUACUGCAGAUGAAGUUUUAAAUGAUGAUGGACAUAUCAUCACUCUGGAUAAAUUUAGGGAUGAAGUAGUAAACACUUCGAAAGGUAUGGACGCUCCAAAUUCCUACCACACUCCUUACUGUACAAGCACAAGACUCACAACGUUGUCAGCCCAGUCUGCGAGCACCACCGAGACGUAGUUCACAGCGUUGAGGAUCGCGCAGUACCGAAACCCCAGCGGGGCCCGCGUCUCCUCCUUCAUCACCUGUGUCAACCGUAUCCUGAAAUCAUCCACCAGGUCCUUCUGUAACUCCAGGAACUGCAGCUUCCGGGAGGCUGCGGGGAGGUUUUUAUACCUGUCUGU